UACAUUUUAGGUCGUCGCUGUCAGAAGUUGUUGAGUUGGGGGAAACAAGGCACCAUAACCAGUUUUCGGAGUGAGCGUAUUUACGCAGUCUAUUUUGCCCGCAUCCCAUGGUGAUUCAGGUUUGGUGUUUUCAACUUGCUAAGAAGACUGGUUGGACUCAGCACGCGAACGAGAAAGUCCGGUUCCGACACGAAAUCUAGAACUACACAUUCAGGACAAGAUGUCACAGGAGCACGGCAAAGAGAGGACGGUGCUGGUGCUCCAAGGUGGGCAGCCUGUGGCGUGCGGGGUGGGCCAGCGGCAGCAGCUCUUCCCGGACGAGGACGAGGCCUGGAGGAGCUUCCUGGAGAACCCCCUGACGGCCGCCAGCAAGGCCAUGAUGAGCAUCAACGGGGACGAGGACAGCGCAGCUGCCCUCAGCCUCCUCUACGACUACUACAAGGUGCCAAAAGAGAAGACUAAAAAGGCAGAAGUUGAUUCCACUUUGAAAGAUCUGCAGUCUCUCCAGAGGUCGUCCCAGGCCAUGACCACCCUGAAGAACGUGCCCCUCAGUGUCACGGCCCAGCUCAGCCCCCCUGGCUGGGACAAAGCCUCCUCCUUUCACCACUUCCACUCUUCCCCUUCCCCAUCCACCUCCCCCUCCUCUUCGUCUGUUUACCUCCCUGCUGCUGCCCAGGAUGGGGUGUCCCAGUCGCACGCCCAGUCCCACGCCCACGCCCACGCUCACGCCCACUCCCUGCCCAUCAGGGGGGCUUCUUCCACGCUGGGCUACAGCAGCCACCAGUUUAGUCCCAGCGGGUACAGCUCUGUGGGGCUGCGAGCCCAGGCGCAGACCCCUGAUUCAACCUACACGGAGGGCCUCAGUGGGGCCAGAGAGGUGAUGGCCAUCUCUGUAGAUAUGCACUCCCAGCUGACCUCCGUCUCUCCAGGCAGCUACUCCCAAGACGGUAAACUCUUCAGUCACCAGUACGAGUAUGCGAUCGAGGCGCCUCGCUCCAUGUGUCCGAAGAACCACAACACAGCCAUGAGCUACGUCAACAAGGGCCACUUCUACCCCAUCCAGCUACGCUGCCUGGACGCCGGCAGGGGCGGACGGCAAGCCAACGCUACAGUCAGGAGUGUGGUGAUGGUGGUGUUCCAUGAUAAGUGUGUUGACGACCAACUGAAGGCCUGGAAGUUCUGGCACAGCAGGCAGCCCUCUGCCAAGCAGCGCUGCAUCGACAUUGCGGACUACAAGGAGAGUUUGGGUGUGAGCAACAUCGAGGAGAUCGCCUUCAACGCCAUCUCAUUCACAUGGAACACGGAGGACGAGCCAAAGAUCUAUGUGUCGGUGAACUGCCUGAGUACGGACUUCUCCCCCCAGAAGGGCGUAAAGGGCCUGCCCCUGGACCUGCAGGUGGACACCUACAGCUGCGGUAACCACGGCGAGCAGGUGCUGCUGCACCGCGCCUACUGCCAGAUCAAGGUCUUCUGCGACAAGGGAGCCGAGCGCAAGAUCCGCGACGAGGAGCGCAAAGUGCUGCGGCGCAAGGGACGAGGCCAGGACGGCACCAAGUCUGGAGCCAAAGUGCCAAUCCAGGUCAGCCACGUGGAAACAACCGUGUUCAAGACCAUGAGUGACAUGGUGACCCAGCCUGUGCUUUUCAUCCCCAAAGCCCUCUUUACAAUGACGCAUCGACAUGCCAGCCCAGUGGAGGAAGCCCUUGAAAAUGUGGCGGGCGGCCGAUCUCCCUACUCAGCAGAGGAGUUUGGCUGCUCUCCCAGCAGCAAGCGAGCCAGGCGCGACAAACCCCAGAGAGUGCUGCUGUACGUGCGUCAGGAGCCUGAGGAGGUGUUCGAUGCCGUGAUGCUGCAGACACCCACCCUGCUAGGACUCAUACAGGCGAUUUCAGACAAAUACAACCUGCCACUUGAAAAAGUGUCAAACGUUUACAAGAAGUCCAAAAAGGGGAUUGUGGUAAACAUGGAUGACAACAUAGUGCAGCACUACUCCAAUGAAGACACAUUCCAGAUGGACUUGAAGGAGGACAGGGGCACGCUCUCCCUGACACUGACGGAGAUCUGAGAGGCGUGUGUGUGUGUGUGUGUGUGUGUGUGUGUGUG